AUGAACAACUCCUCCGCCGUCACCGUUCCCGAGAAUUUAUACCUCCACGCGUCCCCAGCACCACCGCCAACGACAUCGUCCGACACCUUCAACAAUCUCGGACGAAAACUUGAAACCGCCACCAGAAAGGCGGAGACCUUCGCAGGUAACCUCUACAACCACCUCCGAACCGGGCCUGGUAUCGUCGAUGUCACGAUGACCCGGAUCGAGCAGGCGGGCCGAGUCAUCUCCGAAGGCGGUUGCGACAAGGUUUUCCGCCGAGAGUUUGGGAGUGUUUCUGGUGAGAAGCUCAAGAAGACUUAUGCCUGUUACCUGUCCACCACUGGUGGUCCAGUUAUGGGUACGGUUUAUAUUUCGAAUAAGCGAAUCGGUUUUCGGAGCGAUUCACAGGUUUGGAGUGGACCUGUUGCCGGGCCGGGUCAGUGGGUUUACUAUAAGGUGAUGAUGAUGCUGGAUCAGGUUUUGGCGGUUAACCCGUCAGCAAACCCGGUUAAACCUGCUGAGAAGUAUAUUAUGAUGUUGACAAAGGAUGGGCAUGAGUUUUGGUUUAUGGGUUUUAUUUCUUAUGAUCAGGCUCUUAAGAAUCUUUACAAGGCUUUACAACAUUGA